CGCAUGAUCAGGGGGGUUUCACCUGCAGAGCUGAUAGCCUGCAUGUAGGAAUUUACUCAUCUGAAUGCAUGCCCAGUUGUUAGAGGGUCGAACGGCGUUAAGCCGAGCUAUUUCCGACGAAUCAAAUACCAAACACGAAAAGAUCGAAACGGAUUAUCCCCUCUUAACCCCGUUAUCUUCGGCCUACUGAGGGUAUAAGUAGUGGAAGGCUCACCUAUCAACCCCACACUCUAUCACAUACAACCUAUUUGAGCAUCCAUUAUCAACUGAAUACUUAGGUGCUUCAAUAAACGCUCUAGUCUUCUCAUCCAACCUUUGUUCAUUGAAUAAAAACUUCUCUCUCCAAAUCUCCAAAACUUCACACCGGCGCCCAUUCCCCCUCGUCAACAAUGCCAGACCAAGUCAAGUACGCCAACAAGCUCCACGGCGCCCGCAUCCUCAUCAUCGGCGGCAGCAGCGGAAUCGGCUACGGCCUCGCCGAAGCGUGCCUCGAAUUCGGCGCCACCGUCAUCAUCUCCUCCAGCAACCCCACCCGCAUCGCCUCCGCCAUCUCCGCCCUCCAAUCCGCCUACCCCAGCGCCGCCUCACGCAUCACGGGCUACGCGUGCGAACUCGCCAACGCCGCAACGCUCGACGCUGCCAUCGUAUCCCUCUUCGCGGCCGCGACCAGCGCCGGCGCCGAGAAGCUCGACCACGUCGUCUUCACGGCCGGCGACGCGCUGAUGACCAAGCCGCUGCCCGAGAUCACGCUCGACUUCGUGCAGCAGGCCGGCAUGGUGCGCUUCUUCGCGCCGCUGCUCAUCGCGCGCGAGGCCGCGGCACACCUGCGCCCGAGCUAUACGAGCAGCUACACCAUCACGACGGGGUCCGUGUCGCAGAAGCCGAUGCCCGGGUGGGCGGUCAUCGGCGCGUAUGCGGGCGGGCACCACACGAUGGCGCGCGGGCUGGCGCUGGAUAUGCGGCCGGUAAGGGUGAAUGCGGUGAGUCCUGGGGCGGUGGACACGGCGCUGUGGCGGAUGGGGGAGGCGGAGAAGAAGGCCAUGUUUGAGGGUAUGGAGAAGCGGAUGGCGACGGGGAGGGUGGGCAGGGUGGAGGAUGUGGUGGAGACGUAUCUGGGGGUGUUGAGGGAUGAGAAUUGUACGGGGAGUGUGGUUAGUACGAAUGGGGGGGUUUUGAUUAUGUAG